AUGACUGAAUCAACAACUCCUAUCGGAACCAUAUAUUUGCUGAUUAACUCUCCACGGUCUGCAAUUUACCCAGCUCUCAUCAAGUAUCUCGGCUUGAAUAUAGCGAUCACAGAUAACCGGCAGCCUCACUUCUCAGAAGCUUUUCCAUUGCACAAAUGUCCUGCCUUUGAGUCCAAGGACGGUUGGAAGUUGCAUGAAACAUUGGCAAUAAUGGAGUACUUUAUAUCGUUAAAGCCACAAUGUAAGUACAACUUCUGGGGUAACAGUCCACGUCAGAAAGCAAAGGUCUGGCAAUGGCUUUCAUUCACUAACACUGACUGUGUCGCCAGUGUUGCCCGACUCGUCUAUGGUUCAUCUACUCCCGAAUCGAUUACUGCUAAUCAGGCCGUUGUAGAAAGAAACUUACUAGAAUUCGACGCUCAGCUUUGCAAGACUGCCUAUUUAACGGGAUCAGAGUGUACUUUGGCAGACGUUUUUGCUGCCUUUUUAUUUGCACCAUUCAUUGAUAAAAGCUUCAUGAAAACCUUUCUCCUCGCUCAUCCUAUCACUAAGAAGUGGCUUCAGAAUCUUUUCGACAACGAAAAGAUUGUCAGUCCUUUUUUGAAGGAUAAGAUUUGA